AUGAUAUCCUCGCCAGAAACUUCUAAUAUUGACCAUCCCUCCCAAGUCCCUUCGAGCAACGACAUUGAGGCAAAAGAGCCGUCACAGGAAAAUGUAUAUCCGGCAGACAAUCUUUCAACGCCGCGACAGAUUCUCUUCGUUGGAACUAUCUGUACGGCCAUGUUCACGAACCAGGUCGGCUUAGGAAACACCCUGACCACGGUCGGAGUAAUUGGAGAAUCUUUUGGGAUUACUUCCCAGGGCCAGCUUUCCUGGCUGAUUGCCGGCUACAGCUUGACGAUUGGCACAUUCAUUCUCAUCGGCGGACGUCUGGGAGAUGAAUUUGGCAACAAGAAACUGUUCGUCAUCGGCAUGGCCUGGUAUUCCCUCUGGUCCAUGGUGGCCGGGCUGGCAGUCUACUCGUCGCACGUUCUCUUCGUUUUCGCCCGUAUAUUCCAAGGCAUGGGCCCGGCCAUGACCUUGCCCAACGGCCUCGGCAUCUUGGGCAAGUCGUAUUCCCCCGGACCGCGCCUAAACAUGUCAUUCGCUUGGUUCGGCGGCUCGGCACCGUUCGGCGCCAUUGCGGGUUUCUUGUUCGGAGGACUUUUUGCUUUGGCUUGGUGGCCGUGGAUCUACUGGAGCCAGGCAAUUGCGCUUGCGUGUGUGGCAGUCUUUGCUGCAUGGGUGAUUCCUCCUCAAGCAGUUCAGCCAAGAAAACAAGGACGGUCACUACGUGAGAUCCUCCAAGAUUUGGAUGUUCUUGGAAUGUUCACCGGUGUCACCGCUUUGGUCUUGUUCAACUUUGCAUGGAACCAGGCUGUGGUCGUGACUUGGCACGAAGCAUAUGUCUAUGUUUGCUUGAUUCUUGGCGUUGUCUUUGCAGCAGCGUUUUUUUGCAUCGAAAUUUACUGGGCAAAGGCUCCAAUCUUACCCCUGUCUGCAUUCAAUUCAGAUAUUGCGUUUGUGUUUGCAUGUACAGCAACAGGAUGGGCCUGCUUUGGUAUCUGGGUCUUUUAUAUCGGUCUCGUCGCACUCAACAUCGGUGGAAACACCCCUAUUCAAAUGGCAGCAUGGUUUAUUCCUGUCAUUCCCUCUGGCUUGAUCUCGGCCCUUGCUGUCGGUAAGUUAGUCGGCAAGAUCCCCCCUUCGUGGAUCAUGGUUACGGGACAAAUUGCAUAUCUCGUGGGAUCAAUUCUCGCAGCUACUCGGCCCCCGCAUUCGAAUUACUGGACGUAUUACUUUUUCAGCGUCCUCAUCAUCACCGUUGGAAUGGAUACCUCUUUUCCUGCGGCUGCAAUGAUCUUUUCAGGCUCUGUUCCACAACAGUACCAGGGUAUGGGCGCAAGUGUUGUCAUGACGGUGGUCAACUACAGCAUCUCACUUGGGCUGGGCUUUGCUGGCACUAUUGAAAACAACAUCAACCAUGGCGGACUGACGCCAGAAGAUAAGCUCAAAGGCUACCGUGGUGCACUAUGGUUCUCAGUUGGCUUAGCAGGCCUCGGCGUGGUCCUUAGUCUUAUCUAUGAGCUGAAGACUCGCCUCAAAGACAAAGUCGCCAAGGAGUAG